AUGUCAUUACAAAGCCCUAAAACCGUUCCAACUUCUUUACCCCAUAAUAGUUUCCAAGAUAGGCUUAACUUAAAAGAAUCUGAUCUACCUAAUUGUGUCCGUUGCAAAGAAUCCAUUGUCUCUGGAAAUGCUUAUGAAUUAGGUGAUGACAGAUGGCAUACUGAUUGUUUUACCUGUUAUCGUUGCGGAAGGUUCUUAAAUUGUGACUCCGAUUUCUUAGUUUUAGGUACUGGAGCUCUAAUAUGUUUUGAUUGUUCAGAUUCAUGUAAGAGAUGUGGUAAAAAAAUUGAUGAUCUAGCAAUAAUCCUAUCUUCCUCAAAUGAAGCAUACUGUUCUGAAUGUUUUGUUUGUUGUAAAUGCGGUGAAAAUAUCAAAGACUUAAGGUAUGCCAGGACCAGAAAGGGCUUAUUCUGUUUGAAAUGUCAUAAAAAGUUGUUGGCUAAAAGAAAGCUUUAUGAAGAAAAGAAACGAAGAGAGAUGAAAAAUCUACCUAUAUUGCCAGAACCUUUAGAGGAUAAUCCUCUUUCUACUACAACACAUAAAUCCAAUGUGACUUCACCAUCCGAAAAUAAAACUUCGUCUGUGCAGGACAUCAAUAUACACGGUUCAUUGAGUGAAGAAAAUAACUGUAACAAUUCUGUUCCUAAACAAAAGGUUUUAUUAAACAAAACACCUUUAAAAAAUUAUGAAAAAAGACCUGAACUAAUAAUUAAUGAUGAAGAUGAAGGAUUUUAUUCAAAAGUUGACAAAAAACAUAAAAAAGAGUUAAGUUUACCUCUUUUGGAUGCAGACCAAAAAUUAAAUCUAACACCAGUAAAGCAAAUUACACAGGCCAAUGACUCAUCAAAGAAACAUCUAAAAUCAUAUUCUGAUAUAACUGAAUUUAUAAAUAAAUCCCCUCUUUCAAAAAACAACAAUAAUACUUAUGAUGAAAAUACCUUUACCAAAACACCAUUAAAUCUUUUAAGUCUUCCAACAGAAACACCUACAACAAACACAUUUAAGUAUGGUGUAGAACAACAACCAUUGACACCUAAGAGAUUAAGCGCGAAUAGUGAAGUUAUACAUGAACAGGAUCUGGAAGACAAACCGAAAUGUUUAACAAGAAAUGACACAUAUACUUACAAUACAACAACGAGCGAAACUAAUGAUAUAUUAAAUAAUUACAUAGAUAGAAGUUCAUUACUUAGUGAAAGAAAGUCUUUUAAUCUAUCUGGACUAUUAGAUAAUAACAAUGAUAAUAAUGAGAUCAAGAAAAAAUUUAUAAUAUUACAACAAUUGGAAGAUGAUAUUAUUGAACUCCAAGCAACAAAGGCUAAAUUAUUGCAGCAAGUCGAAGAUAUGAUAAUAAUAAAAAAAGAUUUAGAGAACAAACUGGACAUUAUGAAAGAGGAAAUAAAUUCUGCUCAGCAUAUACUAAACGAAUAUAGUCAACAGCCACAAUUACCUACAAGCUCGUCAGAGUCAUUCCCUAAUGAUAAUGUACCUAUUAAAAAUGAAUCUACGGUCAGUGUAUCUAGACCUACAACCAAACCCAAGUUUUGGAAAAUAUUUUCUUCAAAAACACAAAGUUCACCGUCUAUAAUUUCCUCCCCUUUGCCUUAUUCUCACUCUAACCAAAGUAUUUCACACUUGAGAAAUUUACCAAGUCCUCAAAUGUUUAACAAUUCUAAUUUAAAAUCAAGUCCAAGUCAUAAUACGAUAGAUAAAACAAGACAAAAAAUCGAAAUAUCCCCACCCAUGUUACAACACCCAGAAGACCUUCAAAAUAUCAAUUUGAUACCAAUUUCAAAUAACAAUAAUAAAGUUCUUCCCGUUAUAUUAACAAAAUGUAUUCAGUACAUUGAAUCUAACGAAGAAAACCUCAAAAGUGAAGGUUUAUAUAGAAAAUCUGGUUCCAAAAGGGUUAUUGAAGAGAUUGAAGCUCAGUUCAAGAGUGGUGAAAAAAAUAUCGAUUUAUCACUCUAUGAUAUUAAUGCUAUAACGAGUGUGUUAAAGAAAUAUUUAAGAGAUUUACCAAACCCAAUAAUUACCUACGAAAUUUACGAACCUGUAAUAGACUAUGUGAGAGAGAAUGAUAUGAAUCUGCAAGAUAUGGCCACUAAACAGGGUUUUAGACAGAUCUUGAAAUCACUACCAAAAGACCAUAUUGAAAUUUUAAAGUUGCUUAGUAAACAUAUUAAUUUAGUACAACACUAUAGUGAAUUCAACCUGAUGACGGCCAAAAAUUUGCAUUUAGUAUUUACACCCAGUUUAAUAAGGGACUAUUCUGGUGAAAAGGAAAUCAUUGAUUUAAAGGAAAGAAAUUUCAUCAUUGGUUAUAUAUUUGAACAUUGUCAAGAACUUUUUGACUAG